AUGGAUCCCGGCGGCGGCGGCGCUGGCACCAGCACCGCCAACCUCCCGGUGGACAUGCUAGCCAACAUCCACGGCCGCCUGAGCCUCCUAGACCGCCUCGCCUUUGCUGCAGCCUUCCGCUCCUCGCGCGGUUUAUUCAGGCCGGAGGCGCCCUGUCUCGUCGUUCCCGCCGACCCGUGGAGUCUGGGACCCUCGCCUGACGGUGUCAAGGAUGCUGUCCACCACGAGGGCAGGUUCUACUCGAUCACAUGCUCGGGCAAGAUGGAGGAGUGGCGGCAGCAGGAUGCCGACACCAUGUUCGCGAGUACGGUGGUCGAGCCAGUGCUUCGGCUGGCGCCGGCCGACACGGACAACUGCAAGUACCUCAUGGUGACGCCAGGCGGACGGCUGAUGGUCGUGCUCAAGACCAAGGAGACCACGGGUUGGCGGACACCAUUGUCCUUCAAGGUGCAGGUCCUCGGCGCGGGCGCCAAGGAGUGGAAGGAGACGGACGACAUUGGCGACGCAGCGCUGUUCGUCGGGACGAAGGGUUCGUUGUGUGUGUCGACGAGGGAGCACCCGGAGCUCAGGGCCGGUUGUGUGUACUAUGCCGCCCACGGAGGCGUCGUGGUGUUGAGCCUCAAGGGUGGCACGGUGGAGGAGGUUGUAAAUCUUGAGACAUCUCUCCCUCCCGAUUCACAGGCGUGGGAGCAAGAUGCCAAUGCCGGCGGCGUGUUCACGAGCAUAGCGGUCGCGCCAAGGCCAAGGCUGCCCAAUGCGGACGGCGAUUCGUCGUUGUGCCGCCACAAGUACCUCGUGGCGGCGCCGGGCGGCCGGCUGAUGGUGGUGCUCAAGGAGUCCAAGGAGGAGACCAUGGAUAAGUACUCCCGCCCUCGGAGGACGUGCUCCUUCAAGGUGCAGGUCCUUGACGGGGAACAGUGGAAGGAGACGGACGAUAUCGGGGACGCCGCGCUGUUCGUCGGGGUGAACAGUUCGCUCUACGUGUCGACGAGGGAGCACCCGGAGCUCAGGGCCGGCUGCAUCUACUACACCGAGAACGAUACAGAACUGUGCAAGGAUGGCCACAACGCCGACGAAGACAACAGAGUCGGUGUGUACAGCCUCGAGGUCGGUUGGACGGAGAAGGUCGAGGGCCUCGGUCAGCACAGGAGCUGGCCGCCUCCGGCGUGGUUCAUUCCUGCCAUCCCAUGA